AUGGCAAACUGGAAAGAACUGGGUGAGGUCCCAGACUCGGACGACGAACUCGACUUCGAUAGCCAGGAUCUUGAGUCGCUGCCGAACCCCGAACUACCUUCGAAACCCACCUCCGAUACUUUACAAACGAAGGACGUCCGAAAGAGCAUAUGGGAUGUUCCCGAAUCGUCACAGGAUACGCCAGCAGACGCGACUACAGAUCGUGUAGCAACGGACCGCCACCAUGAGGUGUUUAAGCCUAUUGACGGAGAGCCGCCCUCUUCGCCGCUGUCUUCGGUGCCGGAUGUGGAUGAGCUGGACGACCCCUUCAACUUGGACUUAGACGAACCAGCAGCCCAAGUGGCACCUACGACAAAAACGAGGACUAGAUAUCUUCCCAACGACCGCGACGACUCUCCCGAUCCCCUGGCUGGCGAUGAUACCGUUUCGACGAGCUAUGUUAGAAUCACUGCUCCUGAACCUGAGUUCCCCGCCGAGAACGAUACCGAAAGCCUUCCACCUCCUAAAAAGUCUCUGGCGGCCUCUUCACAACCCAGUCAACAGAGCCGGCAGAGACGAUUGGCUGCUCAGCUCUUUGCUAGUUCUAGCCCGGAUGCAGAGGUGGCAGCUCCACUUCAGCAGUCUAACGAUGGUAACACUUCGCCUCCGAGGCCUUUAUCCGUCUCCUCGGCAGCCUCUUCUGUUGCUUCUCCGGCGCCGACCCAGUCGAGGAAGCAGCUGAGGCCGGCAGCUAUUCAGCGGGUGGAAAGCUCCAACAGGGACGAGGAGGUUGCUCGACAAGUCGCUGUGCGGUAUGAACGCUCGUUCAGACCAAGGAAACCCAUCCAGGAACACCCAUACCUCAUUGAGAAUGCCCAGUACAGCAAGGCUCUCAAGUCACACGGCAUCCGGCCGAUCAGAAUGCCCACAGAGCCAGCCCCGAGACGUCAACGGCCGGAGGAGGAUUCCCAGGAGAAGGAUUUUGAGGAUGAUAGCCAAGAACCCACAGCUGAUGCGCCAAACGGAACCACAGACGAGAGCCAGUUCAACGGCCUGGAUAUCCCGCUAAGCUCUAGUCCUCAGCUGAUGUCGUCCCUCUCCGAUUCACCCCUCCGAACAUCGUCCCCCAAGCACCGCGGCGGACCGAGUAGCCAACCAAGUCAGGGAGAUACGGAUAAUACCAGCUUCUCCGAUGUCGACGAUUUGCCAUCCCUUGACAAGAUUCACCGCGACUUGCUGGCAAACCGAUCUGCCAAAAAGCGAAAGCGCGGGAAAGGCACUGCGACCAAGGCUGUGGUGACGCAGACGGCAGCCCCAAAUGCGCCCUCGCGCCCGCAGUUUCAGCAGUAUGAUGAGAUUUACGGCAUGCUUUCUUCGCCGUCUUCAUCGCCUGAAGUACAAACUACUGUGAUCAACCAUUUGAUUGAUCCUACAUCAUUGCCUACAGAGAGCAACGCCGGAACGGUAUUUUCUGAGGGCGAUGACCUGCCUAUCGUGGAUGGCAACAUGUUGUCUGCUCCUGAGCUCCAGGGGCGAAUUUCGGUCGAAAGGGAACCGCCAGUCUUCGACCUGACCGUGGCAGACAUGUCCGAUGUGGAAGAAGACAAUGGAUCCGGAGAUGUUGAUGCGCAUAGCAGUUCAGGAGAGGAGUCGGAGGGUCGGGAUGAUGGUCGCGAGGAGGUCGGCGCGGCGAUUGCAAAGAGAAUGCGAGGUGUCCUUCCGGCAUCCUGGCUUAGGCUCGACCAACAGGCAAACCGUCCCAAGCCUACUCAGUACCAACGCCCCGAUGACUCCCCUGAGAAGGGUCCAAGACGAGGCGUGGCUGUCCGACGGAUAGGUCGCUCGGCAUCAUCUACGGCAGCAGCGUUUCUCUUCGAUGACUCAGACGACGAUGUGGUCACUACGCAGACGCCUACACGUCCUUCUCACAAUAUCCAGACUGUGUUGCCUUUCGAGAGAUCUGAGGUCACGGAAAUCAGUGACGACGACGACGGUGGCUCCGUCGUUGAAGAAGACCAGGUUGACCAUAUGCUACCAAGCAGAAAACGUCAAUUGACUUUGAAAGACUUUCGACAACCCGCCAAAAGGCAGAAAAAGAACGACCGUCCAUCAAGCACCCAACCCAAGAAACGCGGGAGACCGCUGAAAAGCGCACUCCGAACUUCUGGAGCUUCCCGCCUCGAUCCUUUCUCUAAAAGUCGCAAAUCUACUUUGAGCAACACUCGAGCUGUGGCCCGAGCGAAAUCUCCUCCAAGGUUGAGCAUUCUGGAUGUCAUCGAACCAGAUGCGCCGAAGUUUCUGAAGAUUGCGGCUCGAGCAGCUCAUAGCAAACGGCACAUGGGACGAUCCAGUCCUACACACAAGAGCAUACGCCUAGCCACGCGGAAGGACAAUGUAGAUGCCGGCAGAGUGCUCCAACAGUGGAAAGGAGGCAAGAUUCGACCUCGACCUGGAUUGCAGACGAAGAAACCUAGGCCCACAGGGUCAAGUGGGCGACACCCACUGACUCAACUACCAUCAAAUGUCUUCUCUCGUGGUGCUGUAUCCUCUCCAAAAGCCCGCAGCGCCACGCAGUCUGAUGAACUCCGUCGUGAGACCUCAACGCCUUUGACGCCUUUGCCGGAGGCGCACUCUCGGAUAAGGCAAAUGUCGAGAAGUAAUUCGGUCACAAGCCAGCAGACGCAAGAUACCCGAAAUAGGCCGGCUCAGCUUGAAACAGAUUUGACCCAGCAACCGGGUAGAGUCGGUUUCCAAGCAAAGAAGCGAGCUCUCGAUGCUCUUUUCAAGCGUAAUCACUCGCAGUCGCUGUCAUCGAGAAGUGCGCACUUGGAUUCUUUCUUAGACGACACAUCAUCAGUAGUAUCAGGGCACAGCCUUGCUGCUGGAGGCUCUCCUGAGCCUGCAGCAGUCAAGAGGCCAAUACUGAAGCGCCCGAGAAAGCCUGUACAGCCAAUCCAGAUCGAUGUAACGGCCGCCCAUUUCCGCCACGCAGAUGACCCCAUGCCUACCAUAGAGUUGAUAACUCCCGUCGAAACGCCCAAAGCCGCGUUCAACGACAAUCAGCUUCUUGGUCUUGGUCCUUUUGGCACACACUAUACACAGCACUUUGAUAUUUUCCCCCUGGACCGCGGGGUCUUCUUUCACGAGACAACACUCAUAGGCAGUGGACGGGUCAGCUCAAUAGCGUAUGACCAGUUUCCCGAGAAGGUGUGGAAUUAUCGACCCCGAAUUUCUUACAGCCUUGGUGAAAUGGUCCUUCGAUGGGACUCAUGGACCGAGCAAGUCUCGUCCGAGUUCGGCAUCGUGAUGGACGGGAUCCUCGAGCAAAUUCUCAGGCCAUCGCUGUCUGCAGAAGUCACACCCAAUGGCAAAGCAGCGGCAAGAUUUGUUCUGGACUACGUCCAAAAAGCGAUGAGCUUCACCAACGAUGCCGAUGCUGCCUCAUUCAUCGCUCGGGUGUCUGAUGUGGUCAAGUCUUUCUUGACGCGCUUCGAAUCUGAAGAUGUCAGUGACUUGGCUCAACGUCGGGAACUGGCUGACGUGUUGUCGAAUGUAUUCCUCGUUGUCUCUUACGCCGUCCGCCUCUGUCAAAAAAGUCCGGCGCUGAUGACAGAGAGCUUUGCUAUGGAGGCGCUUCUCAGAAAAACUGCAGAAACACUGGUCCGAUCGCUACUCGGUAUUGGCCUGGAUGACGUUACGCAACUCUACGAUGAUCUUCAGACCUUAAGAUACCGCGAGCGUGGCAUUCGCUCCGACAAGUUCGUAGCACACGCUUGGGUAGUUCUCAUAAAGGCCCUAGAAUAUCUUCGGAUUCCUAGGAUGACAUUCUGGGACGUUACAUACUCGUGCAUGAUACAACCAAGUGUCAUUCGUGGCAUGGACUCCCAAGAGUUUGAGAAUCUUUGGAAGAAGAUGUUCACGCUCCUACCCUUGUGCGAAUUUGACGACAAUGGUGUGGUCGUUUCCGAUAGGAGACACCUGGUUCCCCUGGAAGGGUGGAACUUGCCCCAGCAAGUCCUCAAACGCGUCUUCCAACUAUACCGCGACAAUCCCCGCCAGUCUCCAAGCUUCAACGACUACUGCCGGGCACUAGUGUCCAGAUGCCACUAUCUGGUCGAUCAAUGGGGUUGGCAGAAAAGCAGCGGUAUCAUCGGUACCAUCUUCGACUUCUUUGGCUCGCAGAACUUAUCUCAUUUGCGCAACGAGGAAGCCUUCCGCUCAGCUCGUUUCCUAGACAGCCUUCAUCUUGAACCGUCUCUCCAUGUCGAGCCUGAGGAUAGGUGUUUCCACAUAUUCCUCAAACUCGUGGCACUAGCCAUCAAGAGGCUGAGACAGAAUGGGGCAAUCAACGACAUCCGGAAUUUGGUCGCUCGCACACUGCCAAACCACGACCGGCAAUAUUCUAAAGAACAAGACGUUCACCAGAAUGACUUAGCCGCUCUCAGGAACCAUCAUGAUCUCUUAUGUACUCUGUUCUGGGCAGCGCCACCUGAUCUUCGUCCCGGCAUCCACAAUCUGGAGAAAUUGGUCAUUCCCGCUAGCUCUCAUAAGGAAGCCUGUCUUAUUAACCUGCGGGCCUGGAAUCAACUGGCAAGAUUUGUUGUACACGAAGAGUCCGCCGCGUCAUUCAACCCGCUGGCUAGCUGGCAGGCCAAUGUCUUCAAGCAGCUGUUGGACCAGUACAACUCUGCCGCAGCAGAUAUCCAACAGCAGUUCUUAGCACUGUCUAAGGAUGAUAGCAAUAAUGUCAGCGAGGACCUGAUGAACUCCAUUGUGGCUACAAACAAAGCUGCAACCAUGGAGAUCAUGCUGUUCUCAGUCAAGUCCUCAAUGGAGGUUGUGCAGUAUGCGAGUAGUUUGGAGUUGGCAAGGCUUGCCUCUAGCCCUUAUCAAUUACAGCAAGUCUUCCAGCAUUUCUCUACUUUGCCAGCAGACUUCCCGUCCACGCUUCUCCAAGCCUCUAUGACCACGCUGGAACGUCUUCUUGGUCGAAUCGAGUCGGUCUUCAACGAAGCAGAUGAUAGUCAAGACAGUAUGGCCUCUCGGACUUUGGAGUCCGAGGAUGCCAUUCUGAUGCUGGACCGCGAAUUGGCUGCUGCGUUCCUCUCAGCAGCACGCUGCCUCUUGUCAAAUCAAUCGCUCGGUAAACCUGGCAAUUCAAGCGUGUCAACAUCCUGUGUUGAGCAAUCCGUCGUGGUAUCUGGCAUGAUGAUUGGUCUUUUCGUACGCUGCGGAAUGAUGGAUAUUGGAGGAAGCCUUUUGCUGUUGUGGCUCAUGGUCAUCAUACAGCCGAGUCACUGCUUGAGAUUUGAGAACCAGUUUGGACAGCAGCUCCAGCGGCAGGGCUAUCCUUUCAUUCCGGACAAAGCAGGUCUUGUCGUCAACCCAGGCUACGCGGCCAACCGUGACUUUUUUGAGUACGCGGCAUCUUGGAUGCGGAAAUCUUUACACACAGCCGACACUGCCUCCAAGAAGAACAUGCGGUCGGAGUUCGAGAGAGUGCUUAAUGCCGUCAUGAACCAAAUGCGGGCUGACCUUCAAAUCAUGACCGCAGACGAAUUACAACACCCAAGCUAUGUCAAGUUCGUCCGCAACAUCAUUUCCCUCAUCAAGGCUCAUGGUUCAGACAUCUGUCCCGUACAAAAGUUCUUCUUGGAAGUGAGCAAGGAGUAUUCGCCACCGAUGCAGGACCCGCAAUUACAAGCAGCGUUGAUCCAGUCAUACGGAUUCAAGCUUGCGGAAGGCGACCCCAGAGUCCCUAGUACAUUAUUCCACUUCUUGCUCAAUAACUUCAAGGGGGCUCUUCAGCGUGGCCGACUGCCGCAUGAGGUUGUCCUCCUAAAAGGGGCUUUGGAAAAUGAUGCCAUCAUGUCGUUCGUUCUCAGCAAGAUGCUUCCCGCGGUGCUGCAUGCCACCCUAUCUAAUGUCGAGGCCUACGCGAUGCUCGAUGUUUUAUGCGACGCGCUUGGACUGGCAAUAAAAUCGUCACCUAUUCCUCGUCAAGUCAGCGAAGACAAUAUGGGGUGCAUUGCUGCCUUGGUCACCACCACAUUGGCUUGGGCAAACGCCCUAGGACGGAGCAUGCUUAGUCCUGAGCAUGUUCAUGUGCUCCGACGCAUCACUUGGCUCCUCAACGCAUUUCAGCCUUCCCUUGAAGCGUUCUCAUUCAUGGUUACAGAACCUCGAGGCUGGGACAACGUUAUGUCGAUGUUACAUUGGUUCAGCCUGCUCGCCCAAGGGGCGCAAGAGUAUCUUGAAAACCAAGAAACCCCUUUCAUAGCCGCAUCGGGGCUGUUUCGCCGACUCAGAACUCUCAAUGAGAUCUUCACGAUCCAGGACACCACGGUUCUGACCUGGUCAGAGCAUAUAGGAAACGACAUCAGUAGGAAUUGGGUCACGACAGGACCAUUGUUAACGGUAUCACCACACAACCGUGGCACACCUUCAACGCAGUCUGGGAUUGGAUCACUACGGCCUAAGUUGCGGAAGAGCCCGUCCGAAGGCGGCGCAGAAGACGGCAAACCACCAGACAAACCGGCCGGCGAGCAAGAGGACGGCAGUAGAAGCAAAGAUGGCAGCAUAAGCAAGACUGAGUCGGUCACGGCGGAGUCGGCUUUUCGGAGGUCGAGAGGCGGCGCGUUCGCCUCUGCGAGAGCGCGCCUCUCAAGGCCGCGGGCCGCUGACGAGCUGCCACCGGUGAAGCUGCCGCAGAGCUUCCUCGACAACAGCGUAUCGCUGUACGAUCCCGAAAACCGCAUCAACACCCUCACGAACGACCUGUGGCACCAUCGAUACAUGGGCGCCCGCUGGCACGAUCUGCUCUGGAAAGAUUUGGAUCUCGUCUUCAGCCAUGCGUCUUGGAGCGAAGCGAAGUUGCAAGAUGCGCUGCGCCGGGGCAAUCUCGAAGCCAUUGAGAGGAGGAGCCGCCUCCUUGCUGAGGCAUCGCAGUGGCUGAGUCUCUCCAUUGACGAGAUGCGAUCUUCGAACAACCUGCAGAACUCCCGCGAGCCGCUGCCGACCACCGAAUUCGCAGACAUGCUUCGAUACUCCAACAAAUUCGUCCUUUCAAACCUUUUGUCGCAACACACCAGAGCAACGACGGACGCCGAUCCAACACAAGAUCCAGACAGCGUACUGCAAUCGCUUGUCGAGCAAUACAUCGAAGAGGGACGGCCGAAGCUGCGACGUGACGGACUGAGGUUAUUCGACCCCCGAAUCCGCGGCGAAGUCGUCACGGCUGUGUGCGCGGAGCUUUCUCUGCAGCCGGACGCAAGUGCCGCAGGCAGGGAGCUCAAGAGACCGCUUACUGUCGUCAACAUUCCGAACUACACCGGCCGAAGCCAUACCAAGAAGCUCAUGAAGCACGUUGCGUCAUGCGCGGAAGCCGAUUUGAUUCACCUCGAUGCGCAGGAGCUGGCGAUGCUUGUCGGCGACUACAUCGGGCAGGACUGUGCCUACUCGCGCGGCUCGAUCUCUAUGCUGGGAUAUCGGUCUGCCGAGAUGAAUGGACGUCUCGUCAAGAGCGAGGAGCCGUCCAAGCCCAACGACGAGGAUCUUUCCGGCGAGAUCGAAGCGGCAUGGGUCAACCUUCGAGAUCACGGGGUGGAUGGCGGCUACGGCAACCCAAUGGACAACGAACUGCAAAAGAUCAAAGAAGGCCCCAAGGACUACAUCCUUCCUUCUGUCGAUCGAUGGGAAAACCUGAAGAUCAACGCCGUUCUCGAGGAGAUUGCCAACUCGGCUACGAAGAUGACGUCGAAGCCGGAUCGCAACCUGAUCAUUCACGUGGACGACUUCGUCGAGCUCAACAUGACGCUCGAGGGUGCGCUGCUCAUCGGUCGACUUCGGACCAUCGUAGACACCAUGUGGCGCGCUGGAAAGAGAGUGACCCUGGUGGGCACCUCAUCCAACGAGAACCCUUCGGAGCAGUACGCAUCGACGCUCAAGGAGAUUGCGGCAGAGGAGUGUUUGAUCCCUUUGCCCCUGAACUUCCAGCGGAUCACCGACGCUGCAAACACCAAGAAGAUUUACGAGGCCAAUGACUUCUUGCAAGAGAACCUGCGAAACAUCCAGCAUAUGCUGAAGAGCAUUUCUGGCCAAACGCGAGACACGAGUAAACUGCGCAUCGUCGGCGUGUCAAAGUCCUCGCCGCCGCAGUUCCUCUUGGAUGACACACACGGCUCUUAUAUGGAGGUCUCGCUCAUCCCCCGCGUUCUGGCAACCUCCAUCCUCCCCCUUUCCGACGUAUACCACAUAACCCGCCUCUUCUACGCCUGCGAGGGCACCGUCCGCCCCGACGAGUCAUGGAGGGUUCUCUUCGACGUCGUCGAGUCCAGCAGCUACAGCACCGCGCAGCUGCACCGCACCCAGGACCGGCCGACGCGCUCCAAACCCUCCUCUGCCGGCGCGAGCUCGUCUGCCGACAUGCAGAAGCCCGAACCCGAACGCCUCCGCGUGUCCGGCAACUACAACGACUACGAGAAGAAGCUCCUCAGCGGUCUCGUCAACAGCAGCGAGAUCAAGACGACGUUUGCCGACGUCCACGCCGACGCGGAGACCAAGAACAACCUCAAGCUCCUGACCUCGCUGUCGCUCGUCCGCCCUGAAGCCUUCACAUACGGCGUCCUCGCCACCGACAGGAUACCGGGCUGCCUCCUCUACGGCCCGCCCGGCACCGGCAAGACGCUGCUAGCCAAGGCCGUUGCCAAGGAGAGCGGCGCCAACAUGCUCGAGGUCAGCGGCGCCAGCAUCAACGACAUGUACGUCGGCCAGAGCGAGAAGAACGUGCGCGCCCUCUUCUCGCUCGCCAAGAAGCUGAGCCCGCUCGUCAUCUUCAUCGACGAGGCCGACGCCCUACUCGCCGCCCGCGGGCAGCGGAACCGCGCCGCGCACCGCGAGACCAUCAACCAGUUCCUGCGCGAGUGGGACGGCAUGAGCGACACCAAAGCCUUCAUCAUGGUCGCCACCAACCGGCCCUUCGACCUCGACGACGCCGUGCUCCGCCGGCUGCCGCGCAAGAUCCUCGUCGACCUGCCCCUCAAGGCCGACCGCGCCUCUAUCCUCCGCAUCCUCCUCAAGGGCGAGACGCUCGACGCCUCGGUCGAUGUCGACGACGUCGCGCGGAAGACGGUGCUCUACUCCGGCUCCGACCUCAAGAACCUCUGCGUCGCGGCCGCCAUGACGGCCGUCCAGGAGGAGAGCGAGGUGGCGGCGCGGCACACCGGCCCGGAACCCUACGUGUUCCCUCCCAAACGCACGCUUGCGAAACAUCAUUUUGAUAAAGCGCUCAAAAUGAUCGCCGCCAGCGUCAGCGAGGACAUGGACAGCUUGAAGAGCAUCCGUCGCUUCGACGAGAAGUACGGCGAUGUCCGGGCCAAGAAUAGCCAGAAGAGGAAGGGUAUGGGCUUCGGUGUGCUGCCGACAUCGACGGAUGCUGAGGAGGCCAGGGUGCGGCAGGCUGUUGCUUGA